AUGGUCACCAGCCUAAUCUCCAUAAUAGGCCAUGACAACCCCUGGCCGAGAACACUGUCCCAAGAUCUGCAGACUCUGGACCUGUCGGCCCGAAUUCGGGUCGAUCCCCUGGCGCUCGACGCAGUCUCCACCGACUUUGGCCGGCUCACCCGUGCACCAGCCCCCUCCGCCGUCCUCCACCCUUCGUGCCCCCGCGACAUCGCCGCGCUGGUCCGCUUCUCCUACGCGUCGCGCCGGCCCUUCACGAUCGCGCCGCGCGGCCAGGGGCACUCCGUCCGAGGCCAGGCCCUCGCGCCACGUGGUGUGGUGGUGGACAUGUCAUCCAUGAGAGGAGGAGGAGGAGGAGGAGGAGGUGGUGGUCAUGAGGCGAGGGUUAGUGUUCAAGUGUCGGGGCGUUACGUGGACGUUGGGGGGGAGCAGCUGUGGGUCGACGUGCUGAGUGAGACUUUGAGAUUCGGGCUGGCGCCGCGGUCGUGGACGGAUUACUUGUAUCUGACCGUUGGCGGGACUCUCUCGAACGCAGGGAUUAGUGGCCAAGCGUUCAUGCAUGGCCCGCAGAUAUCUAACGUCUAUGAAUUGGACGUUAUUGCCGGGACUGGCGAGAGUGUAACGUGUUCGGAGAACAACGAACCGGACCUAUUUUUUGCUGUUCUAGGUGGCCUGGGCCAAUUUGGAAUCAUCACAAGGGCUCGGAUUGCGUUAGAGAAUGCACCUCAAAUGGUGAGGUGGGUGCGGCUUAUAUACACCGAUGUUGCGAUAUUUACAUCGGAUCAAGAGCGUUUGAUUUCACUGGAUAGAAAAGAGAGGUUUAACUACGUGGAAGGGUCGGUAUUACUUGGCCACAAUCUAAAGAACAAUUGGAGGUCUUCAUUUUUCUCAAGGGAGGUUCUUGAGAGGAUAACUAGAUUAUCAUCUCAGCAUGGUGUGCUAUACUGCUUGGAAGGAGCCAAGUAUUAUGACCAUGGCAUGGCUUCUCAGGUAGAUCAGGAACUGGAGUCCAUUCUACAAGAGUUGAGAUUCUUGCCAGGGCUCGCACUUCAGAACGAUGUCGCCUACCCGCAUUUCCUCAACAGAGUACGCAAAGACGAGUUGAAGCUCCGGCCGAUGGGUCUAUGGGAUGUCCCCCACCCAUGGCUCAGCAUCUUCAUUCCCAGGUCUCGGAUUAUAGAAUUCGAUCAAGGAGUUUUUAAGCACAUUCUCAAGAACAAGGGGUCCAUUGGUCCAGUUCUAAUCUACCCCAUGAACAAGAUCAAGUGGGAUGAGAGAACAUCUGCGGUGAUACCCGACGAGGACAUCUUCUACUCCGUAGGGCUGUUGCGGUCCGCGGUGAAUGGAACAGAGUACUUGGAGGAGCAGAACAAAGAGAUACUGCGUUUCUGUGACCAGCUUGGGAUAGGCUAUAAGCAGUACUUACCUCAUUAUACAAGCCAUGGAGAUUGGAUGAAGCACUUUGGUCCCAAAUGGGAUAUGUUUGUUCAAAGGAAAAGGAGGUAUGAUCCGAAGCUGCUGUUGUCACCGGGCCAGCGAAUAUUCGAUUCCUAUUUGUCUCACAAAUCCCUGGCGAAUUUUAGUAACUCGGAUGAGUCGGAUCAAGGUGAUGACAAAUCCACGGCGAAUUUUAGAAACUCGGAUGAGUGGGAUCAAGGUGAUGACCACAAGGAGCAAAUCAAAUCCGCAUCCUCAAGAUGACUCUGUA